AUGGAGGGACUUUAUUGCCCCCAUCUCAGCAGAGUGGUGGACAGCCUGCCUCUCAGCAGGCGCAAUGGACCACGGUGGAUCGCUAAGGAAAAUGUGUCGUUGAAGGAGCUCGGCAUCGACGUCCUCAAGAACAGGCGCUCGAUCACCGGGGCCCUGCUUUUAGAGGUCCCUGGACCGGAUGCGAAGUGUCGGGUCAGGGACCUUGAUGAUGCCACGACCGCGGCUGAUGUUGUCACGGCGGUGGCGGAAUAUGCGGGCUGUGACCCGACUUUUGUAAAGGCCUGGCCCCCCUUCAUGCCUCCUAGAGGGCUGUCCACAUGCCGGGUGAGGGCGCCGAUGGCGGUGAUCAAAAAGAUCGUCGCGGCGGGGCGCAUUAGCGUUGGCUGGUACCAGUCCAGAGUGGAGCUUCUGACUGCGCGGCCACUCACCUGCUUCAGGUGCUUGGAGGAAGGCCAUACCCGCAGCCAGUGCCAAAGCACAGUUGAUUGCUCUGGUCUGUGCUAUCGGUGCGGCGGAGUUGGCCACUCGGCCAAGGAGUGCACCGGACAGGUCUGUUGCCCGGUGUGCUUUAUGGGUGACAGGUGA